GUCAAUCUAUAUACUAAUAUGAUUGUUCAUUUUAUAACAUUGCAGUUAGAUAAAAUCGUAGCAGCGUAUCGUAUAGCUACUCAAUAUCCGGAAUUAAUAUCUGCUAGAAUACAUGAUUGCUCAAAAGCUCAUGUUAGCGUUCAUUCUGUUUGGGUUCAAAGGGUAUUGGAGAGGCAAGCUAAAACCAGGUUCCGGCAAACUGUCUUUUCAGAUUAUAAGACUUAUACUUUAACGUCACCACCAACUGAUAUAACAGACGAGUUGAUAAGCGCGCACUCAAAAUCAACCAAGUAUUUUUGUGUGGUUAGAGAAACCAAAUCUGGAAAGGAUAUCAAACAGUACUUAGAAGUAUGGGCUGAUUGUUCUCUAGUGAAAAAUUAUGACUUGAGCGCUUUAGAUGUGCACGGAAAAAUUUAUGCUGAUGCUGAAUUUGGAAUUUUGGAGUGGUCUCCUGAUGAAACAAAAAUUGUUUACAUUGCUGAGAAAAAAGUCCCAAAGUCAGAACCAUUUUAUAAACAAAAACCAAAAGCGUCGGCUGAUAAAAAUGGUGUGGUUAAUAGUGACACUGUGCCGGGUAAAGAAUAUGAUUGGAGCCAAGAUUGGGGUGAACAGUUGGUUGGAAAGAUUACUCCAGUUUUGGUGGUAUGUGAUAUAAAAACAGAUACUAUAGAUGUUCUUUCAAAUAUUCCAAAUGAUGUUAAUCCUGCUGCUGCAACAUGGACACCUGAUGGAAAAGGAGUCGUUGCAAUUGGAUAUACAAUAACACCUCGUAAAUUGAGUACUGAUAGUCUUAGCCAUGUAUUUUCUCUCACAUUAAGUGGCCAAUAUAACGUAUUGAGUUCCAAUUCUGAACAAUUUUCUGUGAAAACUCCCAGGUUCAAUUUGAAUGGCACAAAGCUUGUGUGGUUAGAGGGUGGACCACAUUAUUCAUGCUUUAAACUGAUGUCUUGUAAUUGGUCUACAAAAGAGAUUACUACGGUUGUUGAUUUUGACAAUAAAAUACUUCAAAUCAACCAUGAACAAUUACCGUUCUAUGGCCUGCAUAAUCGAAGAAUACCAAGUAGAAGUUGGCUGAAUGAUGACAAAACUAUUGUGUUAAGCACUCCUCAAGGUGGUUCAAUACAUACGUUUGCUAUUGAUACUGAAUCUAAAGAUAUCCAUUAUCUUCCAAUCGCAAAACCGUUUCAUGAAUGUGUUAGUGUAUUAGAUGUUUGCAAUGAUGUUUUAGUUUGUUAUAAAUCAUCGCUUAAUAAACCUGGACAAUUAUUUGCUAUCAAAAUUCUUUCUACGUUUGAAGCAUAUAAUUUUACCAAUAUUUCCAUUAACGAAAUUUCACCAUCUCAUUGCCUUCCUAAUAGUGACAAAUUUGUUGUUGAGCAUGGUUAUACUCUUCACAAUAAACCUACUACAAUUUUCUAUGGACCAAAAAAUAGUAAAUGUCCUUUAAUUAUAUGGCCUCACGGUGGCCCACAUUUAACAUCUUUAGACUCUUUUAUAGCUCAAGCUGCAUUCUUUAUUCAAAUAGGUUUUGCUGUCUUAUUUAUCAAUUACAGGGGAUCGAUAGGCCUAGGUAAAGAUUAUGCUGAAUCAUUACUUGGUAACAUGGGCGAUGCUGAUGCCAAAGAUAUUUAUAAUGCAAUUCAAUCCAAUCCUAUGUGGUCCAAUAGGAAAUUGGUGUUAUUUGGUGGUUCACAUGGUGGUUUUUUGAUUACACAAUUAAGUGGACAAUAUCCAAAUACAUUUAAAGCUGUAUCAGCUAGAAAUCCAAAUAUUGAUUUACCAUCGCUUUUUAUUACUUCUGAUAUACCAUAUUGGGGUAUUACAGAAUGUGGUUUUAAUUACUCAGAAGUAGAUAGUUUGUCAAAUUCCAAAGAUGUUUUAAUGAAAUUAGCUGAUUGUUCGCCGUGCAAAAAUGUUCAUAAAGUUCAAGCUCCUACACUUUUAUUACUGGGUGAAAAAGAUUUACGUGUUCCUCCGUCUCAAGGUCUUGCAUAUUACCAUCUUCUUAAAAAGCAUGGUGUUACAGCUAGAGUGUUGAUGUACGAUGACUGCCAUUCAUUAAGCACUGUUGCUGCUGAAAUGGAUAGUUCAAUAAACUCUGUAUUAUGGUUUAAAAAAUAUACAGAUGAUGAUUCUGAAUAGCCAUACUAGCAUAAUAGUAUAGUAUAGGUAUAAUUACUAGUAUUUAUAAUCAAUGGUAUUCAUAGGCGCAACUAAAGGCCAAACACUGGGGGUGCUAAAAUUAUGCAGAAG